UCCAAAAAAUAAACUCAUCAAAUGUUCACGCUUCCUACUCGCUCUGCGUGCGCCCUGCCAUUCUUAAGAAACCAUCAAUUCAGAGUGUGUCCCCCUGGUAGCAUCAGAGAAGACAAUCUCUGUGUUUCAAAUAAAUCAUGUGCGAGCAAGAGGAAGUUCUUUAGGAACCGGUUGCGUUCUUACAGAUCACCAGUAUAUGAAAGGCUCCACCUUUGGCAAUCGGACCGGCCGGGGCGGUCGCCAAGGCUCAGGGUCGUUGUUCGGUCGGCAUUAUCAGGUGUGCCGGAGAAGCCGCUUGGUCUCUAUGACCCUGCCUUUGAUAAGGACUCUUGUGGGGUUGGGUUCGUUGCGGAAUUAUCCGGCGAAUGCAGUCGUAAAACGGUGACUGAUGCUAUGGAGAUGUUGCUACGUAUGUCGCAUAGAGGUGCUUGUGGGUGUGAGCCCAAUACUGGAGACGGAGCCGGUAUUCUCGUGGCUCUGCCUCAUCAGUUUUACAAGGAGGUCGCCAACGAUGUGGGAUUUGAGCUUCCACCGCCUGGACAAUACGCUGUUGGCAUGUUUUUCUUGCCCACAUCAGAUAGUCGCAGAGAAGAAAGCAAAAAUGUAUUUACAAAGGUUGCGGAAUCUCUUGGACACUCUGUCCUUGGUUGGCGUUCUGUGCCCACAAAUAACACUGGACUGGGCAAAUCAGCCCUGCAUACAGAACCAGUUAUUGAGCAGGUGUUUCUGACUCCUAGAUCCCAGUCGAAAGUUGAUCUGGAAAGACAGAUGUACAUAUUGAGGAAGCUCUCCAUGGUUGCUAUUGAGUCUUCCUUAAAACUUCAAAAUACGAGUGAUACAGAUUUCUACAUCUGUUCACUUUCAUCAAGGACUGUUGUAUACAAAG